AUGGCCAGUCGCAUCUUCGCCACCAACCACGACAGUCUUUGCUGGCCCAUGUCCUCGUAUCUCUUCCCCACUUCGUUUCCAAAAGUCCGUCAAGAAGGCUUUCAUACCCAGCAGAGCAGCUCGUCCUCGUCGUCGACUCCGGGCCCUCAGUCCGGCCCUCAGCGCACCCUCGCAGCCCAACCACAGGCUCAGCAGUCAUUUCCAGCGCCAAAUGCAUUUGAUCCGAAUGCCAUCUACACUACAGGCGCCCUCUUUGCUGCUCAUCCGACCACCGCUGACCCAUUUGCGCGGCGGUUCGAGCAGCAGCAGCAAUCACAGCAGCCCCACGCUGCCUCGCUCGACAUCCACGACGAGCUCUCGUUUCUCAACCCACCCACCUCUGCAACAUCAGAAUCAUUCCAGCACCCGCGCCCGCACGACAUUUUUGGUGUGAAUCAGCAGCACUACCCGUCCCUUUCGUUGCCUCCUUCGCGGGCCCUCUAUCCCCGGGACGACUUUAACUCGACCACCGCAGCCUCGUUGCAUAAUUCUUAUGGACGCUCAGAUUAUUUCCCGCCCAAUCAGCAACAGCAACACGCAGCCGCUAACAAUCAGAACGCCACCGGUACACCCAGCGACGGUACUCGACAUCCAAACGAUCUCACCCCACAGCAGCAGCAGCAACAGCAGCAACAGCAAUUUGGUCUCGUCGCUUCUGCGAUAGGCAACCCCAAUACGCCACUCGACAACUUUAACCCUGGUGGGGAGCAAGCCGCGACGACGGGAGUUACCCGAUCCCGCUCUCGCUCCAGAUCAAAGGUCUCUGCAUCCCGUUCACGCGUCAGCAAACGGCCCUCUAUCGCUGCUGCCCCUCCCCGUGAGGAAGGAGACGAAUCGCCCGACCAGGACGGUGUCGAAUCUGUACGCUCUCGUCCAUCCGCUAUCGUCAUUCCAGGUCACCCAGGUCAUCACCAGCACCACAACUCUCAGCACAGUUUCUCCAGCUAUCACACCGCAGGUGGCACGCAUCCGACCAGCCCCGCUACCUGGGGCUUUUCUCAUGGAGCCGAUGGUCAAUCAUACGCUCACUCCUUUGGUACACCUGGCACGCUCGGCCCUGGUCAAUCGCCAACGGCUCACAGCGGCAGUCCUCCGCCGUCUGCAAACCAAGACGCGGCCGCAAAGCUCGCACUGGCCAAUGAGAAGCGCCGAAAGCGUCGUGAAUCGCAUAAUGCCGUUGAGCGACGCAGACGGGAUAACAUAAACGAAAAAAUUCAAGAACUAGCCAUGCUGCUGCCGGAAGAAUGGCUCGACCAGGCGACUGUUGGUGGGAAUUCGGGUGCCAAGGGUGGAGCAAACGGCAACGGAUUCGGCGGGCCUAGCAUCGCUGGCAUACUCUCCGGCACGGUUAGUGGGGCGGCAUUGGGUGGGGACGAGGACACAAAGGAGAUCAAGGCCAACAAGGGCGUCAUUCUUCGAAACAGUGUCGAGUACAUCAAGAACCUGGUCCAGCUCGUUCAGGUACAGCGAACGCGAAAUCAGCAGCUCGAGUCGGAGCUCGCCCAAUAUCGCAAUCGAUUCGGAAAUAUGAUGGGCGUAUCGAAUGGUGGGAAUAUGGCGCUCGGCGGGUCAGGUAUGAGCCCGCCGGCCAACGGAAACGUCCUUCAAGCUGGUGGUGCAAACAUGAACACGCAAGAAGACGACGCAAACGGCAUGGUAGGCUUCCUGAGCUCACCAGACGCGUUUGCGAUGAAGAAUAUAUUUGCCAAUGCGGGGAUUGGACCGCUGGAGACGCUCGGGACGGGAGGGGCAGGCGCCGGAAUGAUGCAAAUCACUGGCAUGGAGGGCAUCGAGACAUCUCCGGGAGCCGCGUCUACGCUCGGGAGUGGAAUGCACAUGAACUAUGUCAACUUUGGUGGGGCGAGCACCGGUCUGAGUGCCGGUGCGUCACCGAAUGCGCAAAGUCAAGGCGGACAAGGUCCAAAUAAUACUAGUGGUGGUGGUGGUAAUGGUGGAUUGCCGGCCAUGUUGAUAGACGCGACGAGCCCGUCGACCGGGUCCGGAGAGAAUGAUGAGCAGGAAGAUGAUGAUCGGCCGAGAGGCAGGGCGACGACGCGCUUCCCUGCAGGAGUGGGCAAGCACGAAGAGGACAUGCCGACGCUAUAG